GAUUUGAAGAAAAACAGAAACUGGUUCUUGACAUUCAGGUAAGUGAAAAUGGAGAGAGAAUUAUGGGCAAAAAAUACACUAGAACGUUCAGCAACACUAGGUCAUGAUGUUUAUUAUAGAGCUAGGAGCCAACGUGUUGACUGGCCAGAACCAGUAACAAAACAAAAGAAAACGAAGAGUGCUGUUCGCUACUCAACAAUAGAUGAUGCCUUUUCUUCAAUUGAAAAUAUGUUAUCCACAGCAACUCAUUCUUGCCAGAAAUACUAUAAUGGUUGUUUAAGUUUGUCAACAGAAGAUCUAAGACACUGUAGCAGAUAUCAUAAUCCAAGAACUUUACAGAAAAUAAGAAAAAACAGCAGUAAUACAACUGAAGAUGUUCAUAUGAUGUUACCUCCAGGAUCUUAUUCUGUAUCAGCUAGAUCUAAUAUUGAUGGCAGUCAACAAUCUCAUAUAGUGCAUGUACGUGAAGGACAAACUGUGGAUCUUAACUUUGUUUUAUAGACUGUUAUUUACCAGUUUCUCUUUUUUCAGGUUUCUUUAUGUUUUAGCUUAUAAGUUGUAAACUUCUUUUAACUAAUAUGUGGGUCUUAUAGAAAGGAAAACUCUAUGAUAGAAAAUGAACAAUACAAAAUAUAUUAAGAUACAUUGAAAAACUUGUGACAGAUACAUUAAUAAGUAAAAUAGCAUUGAAAGAUGUAUAAGUAAAAAUAUGUUGAACACCAUAGCAAUCAUCAGUUGCCUAUGGUUGCAAAUAAAUAUAGUGGUCAUGAAAUACAAACACAAAUUAGAUGUAUUAGAGUUACAUUCGAAACUCAUGACCACCAUUUUUUAUUCUGGUGAACCCUAGGGUGUGAGAGCACCUUAAAUAAGAAAGAAAUUUCUAUUUCUAGUCUGAGGUAUGUUGCUUUGUUUUAUUUGUUUUUAUUGUGGAAUGCUUUGUCUUAUUUUUACUAUUGUGCAAUAAACUGAACCUAUAUUGUU